AUGCAGCGGGAGCCUGCACUCGCCCAAUCUCCGGGUCCCCAGCAAGACCCCGCACUGCCCCCCACACCCACCAUGCCUCCCCCGGAGUCCGUCUCCGAAGACCACCAGCCCAGCCCCAGCCACAGCCCCACGGAGAAAGCCGUGGAGGAGGAGUUCGAGUUCCUGCGCUGCCAGGGCUGCCAGGUAGAAGCCAAGUGCCCCAAACUGCUGCCUUGUCUGCACACGCUGUGCUCGGGAUGCCUGGGGGCGCCGGGCACGCAGUGCCCCAUCUGCCAGGCGCCCGAGCCCGCAGGCUCUGACUCGCUGGCCCUGGAUAACGUCUUCUUCGAGAGUCUGCAGCGGCGCCUGUCGGUGUACCGGCAGAUCGUGGACGCGCAGGCACUCUGCACCCGUUGCAAAGAAACUGCCGACUUCUGGUGUUUCGAGUGUGAGCAGCUCCUCUGUGCCAAGUGCUUCGAGGCGCACCAGUGGUUCCUCAAGCACGAGGCCCGGCCCCUGGCAGAGCUCCGCAGCCAGUCGGUGCGUGAGUUCCUAGAUGGCACGCGGAAGUCCAACAACAUCUUCUGCUCCAACCCCAACCACCGCACCCCUAUGCUGACUAGCAUCUACUGCCGAGGCUGCUCCAAGCCGCUGUGCUGCUCGUGCGCGCUCCUGGAUAGCGGCCACAGCGAGCUCAAGUGCGACAUCAGCUCGGAGAUCCAGCAGCGGCAGGACGAGCUGGACGCCAUGGCACAGGCGCUGCAGGAGCAGGACCGCGCCUUUGGCGCGGCGCACGCGCAGAUGCACGCGGCUGUCAGCCAGUUGGGCCGCAUGCGCGCAGACACCGAGGAGCUGAUCCACGCGCGCGUGCGCCAGGUGGUAGCGCACGUGCUGGCCCAGGAGCAAGAGCUGCUGGAGGGAGUGAGCGCGCGGUACCAGCGAAGCUAUGAUGAGAUCGCGGGCCAGCUGGGCCACCUGGAAGCGGUGCUGCAGCGCAUCCGCGUGGGAGGCGCGCUGGUGCAGAGGAUGAAGCGCUACGCCUCUGACCAGGAGGUGCUGGACAUGCACGGCUUCCUGCGAGAGGCGCUCAGCCGCCUGCGCCAGGAGGAGCCCCAGAACCUGCAAGCCGCCGUGCGCACCGAUGGCUUCGACGAAUUCAAAGUGCGCUUGCAGGGACUCGUCUCCUGCAUCACUCAGGCGACGGAUGCAGCUCUACACAGGAGGGCCAGCCCAGAGGCUGUCAGCACUCCCAGGGACUCUUCUGACAUUGACCUGCCAGAGGAGAUGCAGAGGGCCCAGGCACAGGCCCCAGGGCCAGCUGAGACCCCAGUCGUGGCUUUGGUACAGUCGGUGCCCGGGGUACACCCGGUGCCAAUACAUGCCUACUCCAUCAAAGACGCCUCCUGCAGAGAGGAGGUCUGCAGCCCAGUCACUCCCCAGAAGAGGAAGUCCUGCCAGACCGAGUGCCCCAGGAAGGCUAUCAAGAUGGAGUCUGAGGAGGAGAAGGAGACACGGCUGGCCCGGAGUUCCCCCGAGCAACCCAGGCCCAGCACCUCCAAGGCAGUCUCGCCACCCCACCUGGAUGGGCCCUGCAGCCCUGAAAGCCCCAUCAUCGGAAACGAGGUCUUCCCGCCCAACAGCAACCACGUGACCGGCGAGUCUGAGGAGGCAGAGGAACGCGUCGUGGUGAUCAGCAGCUCGGAAGACUCAGAUGCCGAAAACUCGUCCUCCCGGGAGCUGGACGACAGCAGCAGCGAGUCCAGUGACCUCCAACUGGAGGGUCCCAGCUCUUUGAGGGUCCUGGAUGAGAGCCUCGCCGACCCCCAAGCAGAAGACAGGCCCCUGGUUUUCUUUGACCUCAAGAUUGACAGUGAAACCAUCUUGGCCUGCUACAAGCUGUGGGGGCCCGGCCUCCCCAACUUCUUCCGGGCCCUGGAGGACAUGAACAGGCUGUGGGAGUUUCAGGAGGUCAUCUCGGGCUUCCUGGCCGCUCUGCCCCUCAUCCGGGAGCGCGUGCCCAGGGCCAGCAGCUUCAAACUCAAGAGUCUGGCCAAGACCUACCUGGCGAGAAACAUGAGCGAACGCAGCGCCCUGGCCGCCGUGCUGGCCAUGCGAGACCUGUGCCGCCUCCUCGAGGUCUCACCGGGCCCCCAGCUGGCCCAGCACGUCUACUCCUUCAGCAGCCUGCAGUGCUUUGCGUCCCUGCAGCCCCUGGUGCAGGCGGCCGCCCUGCUCAGGGCCGAGGCCCGCCUCUUGGCCCUCCACAACGUGAGCUUCACCGAGCUGCUGACCGCACACCGCCGUGACCCAGAGCGGGGCUUGAAGAAGUACAGCCGCUACCUGAGCCUGCAGACCACCUCGUCACCCCCCAUGCAGCGCGCUGUCAACCUGCAGGCUCUGAGCAGCUACUUCAAAGGUCUGUCGGAGGAGGCCGCCAUGGCACGGGCAGAAGGCAUCGCUGGCCACAGCUUGGCAGAAAAGGCGCCCCAACAGAGCUGA